UUUUUCUCACACCCUAUUCUCUUCCAAUCAAUCAGUUCUCCUCUCUCUCCCUCCCUCUUCCUUUCUUUUACGCUUUCCUUCUUCUUCCUUCUUCCUCCCUCCCUCGUCCUUCUUCAUUCUUUAUUCUCCAUCUACGACUGCUUCUUCUUCCAUUUCACUCAACCAAAAGAUUUUAUUCUUUCUCAAUUAAUUUAUUUUUUCACUUUACCACCAUUAUAGCUUCUUCUUCAUCUUUGUUUAUUCUGUAAAUGCAUGUAUUUGUUAUUUCUUCUCAAUCGAUGUUGUCUGGAUCAUGAUUUUCAGAUAAUUACUUUUAUUUUCUAUUUUCUCUCAAAUUAAUAUAUAAGUCUAUUACUGUACAUGUUUCAAUUUUGUUCUGCAUCUGAGUAUUUUACAGUUUAGGGUUUUUUCUAAUUGGGGGUUGUAAUAAGAGUGAAAAUAUUUGUUUAAUUUGAUCUUUGGUUAUUUGUAUUAUGAUGAGAUUCUGAAUUGCAUUGCUAUCUGUAACGCCCUAGUCGUUAUUUUAUUUAUUUAUGAUUUAUUAAAGUCUUUUAUAUGAUUUUAAAUAAUUAUUGUUGAUAUGUGGUGUGUUAUAUUUUAUUAUAUGGUUUAUUUUAAUAUUAACUAUAAUAAUGUGGGAAUUAUUAUUAUUUUGGAGGUUGGGGAUUUAAUUAGAAAUUAAUAGAAUUAAGGGGGAGUUAAAUGAAAUAAAGGGGAGUUAAGUAUUGGGGAGUUAGGAAAAAAAUAGUCAGAAAGCAGUUUCACGUACAACAGACAAGUUUUGGGAGAAAAGGGAGAAGAGCUAAGUAGAGCCAAGUGAACCAGAUUUUUGUGCAAUUGUUCAUCUGAUUUAAGAAUUUUGAGAUGGCUGGUAGAAACGACGCUGCUAUUGCUGCUGCACUUGAGGCUGUUGCUCAAGCUGUAGGGCAGCAACCGAAUGCUACUGCUGGUAACGAUGGUGUGAGCAUGUUGGAGACUUUUCUGAGAAACCAUCCACCAACUUUUAAAGGGAGGUAUGACCCUGACGGAGCUCAGAAGUGGCUCAAGGAGGUUGAGAGGAUUUUCAGAGUCAUGCAAUGCAGUGAGGUACAGAAGGUGCGGUUUGGUACGCACAUGUUAGCUGAAGAAGCUGAUGACUGGUGGGUAAGUCUUUUACCCGUGCUUGAACAGGAUGGUGCUGUGGUGACCUGGGCUGUGUUCAGGAGAGAAUUCCUGAAUAGGUACUUUCCGGAGGAUGUCCGAGGCAAAAAGGAGAUUGAAUUUCUGGAGUUGAAACAGGGGGAUAUGUCUGUAACUGAGUAUGCAGCUAAGUUUGUGGAGCUUGCAAAGUUUUAUCCUCAUUAUACUGCGGAGAUAGCUGAGUUCUCCAAAUGCAUCAAGUUUGAGAAUGGCCUAAGAGCUGAUGGUAUCAGAAGAUAAGAAACUUUUCUGAUUUGGUAAGUAGUUGCAGAAUUUAUGAAGAGGAUAUGAAAGCUCAUUACAAGGUGAUGAGUGAGCGUAGAGGCAAGGGACAACAGAGUCGUCUGAAGCCGUAUAGUGCCCCUGCUGACAAGGGUAAGCAGAGAUUGAAUGAUGAGAGGAGGCCCAAGAGGAGAGAUGCUCCUACUGAUAUUGUUUGUUUCAAGUGUGGUGAAAAAGGCCACAAGAGUAAUGUUUGUGACCGUGAGAAGAAGAAGUGCUUCAGGUGUGGUCAGAAAGGACACACUUUAGCUGAUUGCAAGCAUGGGGAUGUUGUUUGCUACAACUGCAAUGAGGAAGGUCAUAUCAGUUCGCAGUGUACGCAACCUAAGAAGGUUAGGACAGGUGGCAAGGUGUUUGCUUUGAAUGGUACGCAAACAGUGAAUGAGGACCGACUUAUCAGAGGUAUUGGUUCAAGGUGUUAGUUGGUGCAUUUGAACAAUCACAUCAUGGGCAAGGAAAACUCUUAGGCUGAAAUUUGUCAUUCAUGAAUGGAGGUUGAAUUUUGAUCGAGUAAAUUUAAGUGUUUAUUACAUGUGAUUUUUGUGAGCUGUUAUUUAGCGUCUGAACUUAAUCUAUUAGGAUUUCUUUAAAUGCAUUUAUAUUCAAAUUUUAUUUUUGCAAAUCUAUUGUUCUACAAAGAGUUACUAUUUAUCUUCCUGGCUUCAAUAUGAGUUGCUUCAAUAUAUCUUAAUGGUGGUGUAUAUUGUUCAAUACAUUCAACAUAUCUUAUGUUUUAUUC